AGCAGGUACAGCCGAUCCUUCACCUGGAUACCAAACCACACAUCGCCCCUUAUCCGAGGAUAUUUCCGGUAACGCUGGCUCUGUUUUUAUGAAAUUACAAUAACACCGUGUCGUUUUCUUUCGCGAUAUGCACGAUGAGUAUUAUCCAGACGGUUGAGUAGAGGGUCCCUCACAUCCCACCUGCAGUCAUGAAUGGUGGUUUUAAUAUUUGGGCUAUAACUCCAGAAGAGAGGGGGAAACAUGACAUACAGUUUGACUCUCUGGCUCCAACUCUGGGCUAUUUGUCAGGAGAUCAAGCACGAAAGUUCUUCCUGCAAUCUGGUCUCCCCACAGCAGUCCUAGCAGACAUCUGGGCAUUGGCGGACAUAGGAAAAGAUGGGAAGAUGGACAGAUUGGAGUUCUCCAUUGCAAUGAAACUAAUUAAACUGCAGCUGCAGGGUCAACCCCUCCCGUCCAACCUGCCAAUCAUCAUGAAGCAGACGCCUACCCCUGCAAUGACAUCUUCAUCACGCUUUGGUAUGGGUUCCAUGCCAAAUCUUUCUGCCAUGUCAGUGAUGGCAGCCCCUGCUAUGACCCCUUUGGUUCCUGUGCCUGCCCUUAUGUCAGGACUAUUGCCUCAGAUGCCCAACUCUCUCAGUGUGCCAGCUUUACCUAAUGGCAAUGCAGCUCUCUUCACACCAACACCAGCAUUCCCAGUCUCCAGUGGUUUGAGUAAAUCUCACUCGCUUUUGGACCUUGUCUCUAGCAGUUCUAACUCUUCCUCCACCACCUCCGUUGCGAGUAACUCCCCCAAAAUGAAUGCAUCUGAUUGGGCGGUGCCUCAGUUGUCCCGUCUGAAAUACCGGCAGCAGUUCAACAGUCUAGACAAGCUGAUGAGCGGAUACCUGUCAGGUCCCCAGGUCAGAAAUGCCCUCACAGCAUCAAACCUUACGCAAACACAGCUUUCUACCAUAUGGGCUCUUGCUGAUGUAGAUCGUGAUGGGCAGUUGAGAGCAGAAGAGUUUAUUCUAGCAAUGCACCUGGUUGAUAUGGCCAAGAAUGGGCGGCCCUUACCUCUGACUCUACCUCCUGACCUUGUGCCACCUUCACUCAGACAAGCGAAGUCAUGUGACCUGCUGAACGGACCUGUUCCUCAGAUUAACACUGAGCUGAUUGAGCCAGAACAUCCACAGAAAAGCAAGACGUCAUUUGAGGAUAAACUAAAGGAGAAUUUCCAGAGAGGAAAUGCAGAGCUGGAAAAGCGUCGUCUGGCUCUGCAGGAGGAACAAAAGAGAGAGGAGGAGAAGAGGAGAGAAGAGGCGAGACGAGAGGAGGAGAGGAGACAACAGAAGGAGAGGGAGGAAAUAGAACGAAAGGAGAGAGAAGCCUGGGAGAUGGAGCUGAGGAGACAGAGGGAGGACGAGAGGAGGAUGGAGAGACAGAAAGAGCUAGAGCGACAGAGAGAAGAAGAAAGACUGAAAGAAGUAGAGCGACGAGAGGAAGCGGAGCGACAGAGGCAGAUGGAAUGGGAGAAGAGUAAACGAGUAGAGCUUCAGACACAGAGAGAAAAAGAGCAGAGCGACGUACAGAGACUUAAGGACAGGAAGAGGCGUCUCGAGAUGGAGCUGGAGGCGGUGGGUAACAAGCAUAAGCAGAUCUCCGAUAGGCUGCGGGAUGCCAAGAGUAAGAGGCAGAUCCAGAGGGCCGAGCUGGACCUGAUCAAUCAGAAGAGAGAUAGUCGUAUUACAGAUAUCAACUCCCUACAGUUACAGUUUGAGGAAAUUCAGAGGCAGUUGAGUCGUCUUGGUCCUGAGAAGCAGCGUCUGACAGAGAGAAUUCUACAUCUUUCCCAAAACAACUCAAGUCCUUUGAUAAAUGAUGUGAAACAGAGUGUGUGCAAGAAAGAUCUGAGCUGUCGGAAGCUGAAGGAGCAACUGGAUGUUUUGGAGAAAGAGACCACUGCGAAACUCUCACAAAUGGAGCAGUACAACAGAGAAAUCAAGGAGUUGAGACAGAGGCAGAGCCAGCAGCAGGACGUCCUAGAGCAGCUCAGGAGGGUGAGAUCUGAGAAAAUCAAAGAGCUACAGAGACACAGGAAAGAAGAGGAGGAGAGGAAGAGGAAGAAAGAGGAGGAAGAGAGGAAGAGGAAGAAAGAGGAGGAAGAGAGGCUGGAGCAGGAGGAAGUGGAGCGUCAGAGGAAGCUUGCCCAGGAGCGAGAAGCCAAACUCAGGGAAGAACAGCGGCGGCAAGCCGAAGCCCAACUUCAGGAAGCCCAGGAGCAGGCACGAGAGAAAGAGGAGAAGAGGAGGGCUGAGGAGAGAGAGAGGGGGGAGAAGGAAAGGAAAGAGAGAGAAAGGAAUGAACUGGCUGUACACACUCAGCCCUCCAUGACAUACAAUAGCACAGAGAACAAAAGCUUGCAGCCCGUGGUGACUACUGAAGAUACAUGUCCUGCCCUCACCACCUACAGAGCUCUCUAUCCCUUCACAGCACGCAACUCUGAAGAGCUCACACUGGAGGCAGACUGUCUGAUUGAGGUAGAUGAAUCAACAGUUAGGGAGACCGGCUGGCUGUAUGGGAGUUACCGUGGUAACAGGGGCUGGUUUCCAGAGAGUUAUGCUGAGAGAUGUUGUAAAGACAGUCAGAUUGAACUGACCGUAGCCGUUACACAAUCCACAGCGCCCUCUACCAACUACCCUGGAAUUCCUCGAGUGGACAUUGAAGGACCAACUCCAACACACACACCAGUGUCUUCAAACACACAGCACUCGCAGGCUGUAGCUCUGUGUGAGUGGAGCGCUAUGACUGAUAGUCACCUGGGCUUCUCUAAAGAUGAUAUCAUCACGGUUCUGGAGAAGCAGGAGAACUGGUGGUAUGGAGAACUCAAUGAGAGCUGGGGCUGGUUCCCUUGCUCAUAUGUCUCCAUGGUUACUACCAAUAACACACAGAAUGAUCACCUGGGCUUCUCUAAAGAUGAUAUCAUCACGGUUCUGGAGAAGCAGGAGAACUGGUGGUAUGGAGAACUCAAUGAGAGCUGGGGCUGGUUCCCUUGCUCAUAUGUCUCCAUGGUUACUACCAAUAACACACAGAAUGAGCCGUUAUAUUCUACAAUGGAUGAGAUUGAACUUUCAGAUUCUGGUCUGUUUGAGGAGUACGUAGCUUUGUACACAUAUGAGAGUCCGGAAUCAGGUGACCUGACAUUCUGUGCAGAGGAUGUUGUCCUGGUAACAGAGAGGGAAGGAGAAUGGUGGAGAGGGUGUAUCGGUGACCAGUCUGGCCUCUUUCCUUCCAACUAUGUUAAACCCAAAGAGCCUGAUACUGCCAAUCCUGGAGUUCCUGGUAAAAAGCCAGAGAUUGCUCAGGUGAGUAUGGCCAAUGCUGCCACAACACCAGAACAACUGAGUCUGACACCUGGUCAGCUGAUCGUGGUGCUGCAUAAGAACUCAAACAGCUGGUGGCUGGGUGAACUACAGGCACGGGGUAAAAAGCGUAAAAAGGGCUGGUUCCACUCCUCUAAUGUCAGAUUACUGGAGGCCAACAGUGGCAAAAUAACUCCUGCAUCUCAACCAUUGUGUCAGGUUAUUGCAAUGUAUGACUACAAAGCAGCCAAUAAGGAUGAGAUGAGCUUCCAAAAAGGUCAGCUGAUCACCGUAUUCAACAAGGACAACCCUGACUGGUGGAAAGGAGAGGUCGCUGGGGUCGUAGGGCUGUUUCCAACUAAUUAUGUGAAGAUGACCACAGAAUGUGAUCCCAGCCAGCAAUGGUGUGCUGAUCUGCUCAGUUUAGAGUCUAUGUGCACUGAAGAGAGGAAGAGGCAAGGCUACAUCCAUGAGCUCAUUCAGACAGAGGAGUCCUAUCUGGAGGACCUGGAACUGGCACUGGAGGUUUUCUAUAAACCAAUGGCAGAGUCAGGGCGGCUGACGGAGGCUGAGAUGAGCAUGAUCUUUGUGAACUGGCGGGAACUGAUCAUGUGCAGCACCAAACUCCUAAAAGCUCUGCGUGUCUGUAAGAAGAUGGCUGGAGAGCGGAUGCCGGUGCAGGUGGUGGGUGAUAUCCUGUCCUCAGAGCUCUCUCACAUGCAGGCCUAUAUUCGCUUCUGCAGCUGCCAGCUCAAUGCUGCGGCUCUGCUGCAACAGAAAACAGACAAAUCACCUGACUUCAAACUCUUCCUGAAGAAAAUUGCCAGUAAUUACCGCUGUAAAGGAAUGCCACUGUCCAGCUUCCUCCUGAAACCAAUGCAGAGAAUCACACGCUACCCACUGCUGAUCAAGAACAUUCUGGAGAAUACCCCUCCAACUCAUGCAGAUCACGCAAACCUGCAGGCGGCACUGGAGCAGGCCGAGGAGUUGUGCUCACAGGUGAACGAGGGCGUGAGGGAGAAAGAAAACUCUGAUCGGCUGGAAUGGAUCCAGAACCAUGUGCUGUGUGAAGGAGUCAUUGAGCACCUCGUUUUUAACUCUCUGACGAAUUGCCUGGGCCCUCGUAAACUGCUGCACAGCGGCAAACUACAUAAGACCAAGAGCAGCAAGGAGCUUUGGGCCUUUCUGUUUAACGACUUCCUGCUCCUCACCUACACCUCAAAACAGUUCUCAUCUGGGCCUGACAAACUCUUCAAUCCAAACUCAAAUGCACAGUACAAGAUGUAUAAAACGCCAGUGUUUCUGAAUGAGGUCUUGGUCAAAAUGCCCUCUGACCCUUCCAGUGAUGAUCCAGUUUUUCACAUCUCACACAUUGACCGUGUUUACACUCUCAAGGCUGACACCAUUAAUGAGAGGACUACAUGGGUGCAGAAGAUCAAAGCGGCAUCUGACCACUUCAUAGAGACUGAGAAGCUGAAAAGAGAGAAGGCAUACCAAGCUCGCUCGCAGAAGAACAGUGGAAUCGGGCGACUGUUAGUAACGGUCCUGGAGGCGACAGAGUUGAAGCCCUGCAAACCAAAUGGAAAAAGUAACCCAUACUGUGAGCUAACCAUGGGCGCACAGUGCUACACAUCCCGCCAUCAGCCCGACACACUCAACCCCAAAUGGAACUUCAAUUGCCACUUUUUCAUCAAAGACCUGUAUCAGGACGUCCUCUGCCUCACCAUCUUUGAGAGGGACCAGUUCUCUCCCGACGAUUUUCUAGGUCGUACUGAAGUUCCUGUAGCAACAAUAAAGAAAGAUCAAGAAGAUAAAGGUCUGUUGGUACGGCGUCUGCUGCUUCAUGAAGUUCCAACUGGAGAGGUCAAAGUGCGGCUUGACCUGCAGCUCUAUGAUCAAACACCUCACCUGUGAACUCCACAUCUGAUUCAUUAGCACUACAAAAUUAACCAGAUCUUUUAGAGGGGUCAUAGGAUGCCCAU